CAAUGCCAUAAGUAAUGUGGAGCAUGAAGGGGUUAAUACAGGGGUGGGCAACUGUGCCCUCCAGCUGUUGUAGAACUACAAGUCCCACAAGGCAUUGCAAAACUAACAGUUACGAGCAUGGCUCCCAAAGGCAGAGGCAUGAUGGGACUUGUAGUUCACCAUCAGCUGGAGGGCCACAGUUUCCCACCCCUGGUGCUGCCCUCAGACUUUUCCGUCACUUCCUAGCUAUAGAGCAGUUCUGCUUCCUCGAACAAGAGCAGUGGACCUUGGGACUUGUAGUCCCAAGAAGGAGGCAGGGC